AUUCCGCACCUCCGCUCCUUCGUCUCUCUCCUCUAUAAACCCAAGACGAGACGAGAGGAGACCACUAGCGCCGCACAGCAUUCCUUGCCGCUGCGCAGAGCAGAGCACCAAACCCCACCACUGCAAAAGCAGAGACCUCUUUCCCCUCCUGCAUUCCCAUCCGCCGCCGCCAUGGUAAGAACCACGAGCGCGCUCCUCGUGCCCCUCCUCCUCCUGGCGCUGGCGGCCCUCUCCGCGGCGAGCGCGGGCGAGGUGCCGGCGGCGCUGGGGUGGGAGCUCGGGGUGGUGGCCGCGGCGGAGGACGAAGAGUUCGGGCUCGGGGGCGGCGACUCCGUGGCGCGGAGGGUGCUGCAGAGCGGCAACAGCUACAUCAGCUACGGCGCGCUGCGGCGGGACAACGUGCCUUGCUCCGUGCGGGGGGCCUCCUACUACAACUGCCGCCCCGGCGCGCAGGCCAACCCCUACUCCAGCGGGUGCUCCGCCAUCACGCGCUGCCGCGGCUGAUCUCAUCUGCGCACGGCGGCGCGUUGGGCUACGGAUGCCGCCGACCAGGAGGAGGAGGUUCAUCUCGUUAAUCCCACGCCGUUGAAAAGGAAAAAAAAAAGAAACUGUUGAUCUGCCUGUAUUAUUAUUAUUAUUAAUACUUGUUGCUGUUUUAACGAAAAUGAUUGGUGGUGGUUGGGUUGGAGCCCACGAAAUUUGAGUCGGAUUGGCCUUUCUGGUCCUGUAAAUCGAAUUCCAAGUGAGUGAUUGGUGUAUAAACUGAUGAUUUCAUGGA